AAUCAUCAUCACACACACACCCUUAUUUUCGUAUUGCUCUUGUCGCAAUAUAAUUAUCAAAAUCAGAACAUGAGCCGAUCUGAUCCAUAUUUAUGGUUUUCACAGUUAGUAUUUUCUCUCUUCAUAACUAUGAGUCUAUGACCUAAAAGAAGAAGAAAAUAUCUUCUAAUCUAACGUAUUUCCUUAAACUCAGGAAGAAAGAGAAUACGACAAGAGACAGAACAUGUGAAUGAUUCUCACCCUAGAACCUGUCCAAAAGAAAUCUUGAGUCUUUUUUGAGUUGGGAUAUAUAGUUAAAAGAUGUUGGAAGGGAAAGCCAAAGUGGAAGAGACAGACAUGCCAGUGAAGAUGCAAAUGCAAGCAAUGAGGGUUGCUUCUCAAUCUCUCGAUCUUUUUGAUGUCUUUGACUGUACAUCCAUCGCUUCUCACAUCAAGAAGGAGUUUGAUGAGAGAUAUGGAAGUGGAUGGCAAUGUGUGGUGGGAACCAAUUUUGGGUGCUUCUUCACACAUUCUAAAGGGACUUUCAUCUACUUUCAUUUGGGGACUCUCAACUUCCUCAUCUUCAAAGGCGCCACCACUCUUUAGUCUUUAGGUUCUAAAUCAUCAACUCACAUCCAUGUUUAGUAGCUUUGUUUGUGUAGGAAGCUGUUCUUUAUUUCUCUUUUCCCUUUUGUAAAUAGAUCUUGUUUCCAAUAAAAUUGUGAGAUAUUGUAUCAUUUUGGGAUUAUAUAUGAGUGGUUCCAUUC